AUGUCGCGCGCAGCUCCCCAGAGCGGAUCCCGCAAGAUCUCCUUCAACGUGUCAGAGCAGUAUGACAUUCAAGACGUAGUCGGCGAGGGUGCCUACGGUGUCGUGUGCUCUGCACUGCACAAGCCGUCGGGCCAGAAGGUCGCCAUCAAGAAGAUCACACCCUUUGACCACUCCAUGUUCUGUCUGCGCACACUGCGUGAGAUGAAGCUCCUCCGCUACUUCAACCACGAAAACAUCAUCUCCAUCCUCGACAUCCAGAAGCCGCGCAGCUAUGAAACCUUCACCGAGGUCUACCUCAUCCAAGAGCUCAUGGAGACCGACAUGCACCGUGUCAUUCGCACCCAGGAGCUUUCCGACGACCACUGCCAGUACUUCAUCUACCAGACCUUGCGCGCCCUCAAGGCCAUGCACUCGGCCAAUGUCUUGCACCGCGAUCUCAAACCCUCCAACUUGCUGCUCAACGCAAACUGCGAUCUCAAGGUCUGCGACUUUGGUCUCGCUCGUUCAGCUGCCUCAACCGAGGACAACCAGGGUUUCAUGACCGAAUACGUCGCCACCCGUUGGUACCGCGCUCCCGAGAUCAUGCUCACCUUCAAGGAGUACACCAAGGCCAUUGACGUGUGGUCGGUCGGAUGCAUUCUCGCCGAGAUGCUGAGCGGCAAGCCCUUGUUCCCUGGCAAGGACUACCACCACCAGCUCACCCUCAUCCUUGACGUCCUGGGUACGCCCACCAUGGAGGACUACUACGGCAUCAAGUCGCGUCGUGCCCGCGAGUACAUUCGCAGCUUGCCCUUCAAGAAGAAGAUCCCAUGGAAGGCCAUGUUUCCCAAGACUUCGGACCUUGCCCUUGACCUGCUCGACAAACUUCUCGCCUUCAACCCUGCUAAGCGCAUUACGGUUGAGGACGCUCUGAGACACCCUUACCUCGAGCCCUACCACGACCCCGAAGACGAGCCCACCGCCGACGCCAUCCCCGAAGAGUUCUUCGACUUUGACAAGAACAAGGACAACCUCACCAAGGAGCAGCUCAAGCAGCUCAUCUUCGAAGAGAUCAUGCGCGACUGUACUCUCGUCAAGCCCAAAUAUCACCCACCCAAGCCGAACGCCACCGCCAUGGACUACUACCCCGUCACCGUGCCACUUCCGCCAUCUACGAGCUCUUCGCCUCAUCUCGCCGCAAAUACUACCGACUCGGCUGCAACCUCUCUUCCCUACUUCUCUGACAACACUCCUCGUCCUAGCGUCCACACGCCGCGUACCGCCAUCAUCAACCCUCCGCUCGCACCUGGAUCGUGGGCUAGAAGUUUGCCUGUUAUGAAGAAGUUGUUCGACUCAACGAAGGUGACCGACAAGAUCGAGUCAGACAAGCGACAGCAGCCUGCCGUUCCCGAUACCAACGCCAGUCCAACCAGACAGUCUUCAGACGAGAAGACUCCAUGGUAUCAGACCAGCCAACGCUGGCUCCUCUGA